AUGCAUGAUUUUCUUCAUGCAUUGUUGUUUGUAGAUUCUAAUGAAUUCGAAAAAUUUGAAAACUAUGGACAUAUCAAUAUUACCGAUAAAGAAUAUGAUCUUCUUGAUCUUUGUCGAAUAGCAAUUGAUCAAUCAAAUAUCUUAUUAUGGUCUAAUUUUCAUGAAACUCAUCGAAUGACUAGUCAUCAUAUUUGGCCUCCAAAUCAUAAAUUAAUAAUGGAAUGUAUAAUUGAUGCACAUAUUGUAGCUAUAUAUUACGAUACAUAUGAAACAAAUUCACAAAGACAAGUUGAAGAAUAUGAGAAUGAUAAUACAACAUAUUGUCUCAUUAGUCAAUUAGGAAAUCAUCCUACAGAUGUCAAAUUUGUACGUGGUACUAAAGCUUUACGAGAAGAAAUUUUACAAAGAUUUCAACAUCCAUUUCAAAUAAGUUCGACACCGACACAAGAACAGAUCGAUUUAUUUCGUCAAAAAAGUCAAACAUUACCGUUACAAGAAUUUUGUGCAUAUGCAACAAGUAAAAAUUGGUAUCAAAUCGAUGAUCAUUCAUUGUAUGGCGUACUUGUGGAUUUUAUUAUUGCUAGAAAACCUUUGUCAUCUAACGAAUAA